AAGGCAGCCACAAAUUCCCUGUUAAACCGGUGCCACGGGGGAAGGAUUAACCCCCGAUCUGCCAUCCGAGGCUGUGUGACACGCUCUCCGCGCGGUGCCGCCCGCAGCACCCGGCCGGUCCCGCGGCUCCGACCCGCCCCGGCCCCGCCCGGGCUUCCUGCGGGAGGAGGAAGCGGCUCCCGGGCCAUGGAGCUGUCUCCGGGCCGCUUCCCGGCCGCCCGCGCCGCGGCCCCGGCCCUGGGCUACCUGCGGUACCGGCGGGGCGGCCCCGGCCGCGGGCUGCGGCUGCGGGAGCUGCGCCGCGCCCGGAGCCAGGACAUUGAUGAUGUGGGGCACAAGUACUACCUGGAACUGGAGCUGGAGGAUGUCCUGGACAAAGACAGGACUGUGAACUGCACUGCUGAGGUUCUGUAUCACCUGGACAGCAAAAACUCUGCUCCAGAUGUGCAGGUCACUGUGCAAGGAGAGCUCAGGAGCACAGAGGAAGCAGACAGGGAGUUCUACAAUUGGAUCAGGAGCCUGGAAAAGGAGCUUGUGGCUGAGAACAUCCCAGACAGCCACGGGAACGUUCCCCCAGAGCUGGAGCCCAUCCACCUGCUGGCCUGGGUGGCCUCUGGCUACGUGAUCUGGCAGAAUUCCACCGAAAACACCAAGUUCCACCUUGCCCAAGUCAAACACGUGAAGCAGGUGAAAAGAAGUGAUGAAGAUCUUGAGUUUGACUUUGUGGUUCUACUCCACGAAAUGGUGUCCCAGAGACACAGGUUAGCAUGGAAUGUGGCCAGCCAUUUUCCAUGUUCCAUAGGAAUCCUGAAGUGCUGCUUUCUAAGUAGCAAAACUUAUUUGCUUAAAUCCCUGCACUUUUUCCUCUCUCUCUCACGUCCCAUUGUUUCCAAGUGCAGGAUUUUCCCCUGAAAAUAUUUCAGUUAAGCCAACAACCCCCAAGAUGUUCAAGAAAACCAGGAAAUACUUGAGGUCCAGAACCCAACCUGAAGUUCCAAAUUGGCAGCACUUGUGGAUUUUAUGGUUGAAGCCUUUUUUUAAAAAAAGAAGUUAAAUUUCAAUUUAAAUAUAAACUGCUUUUCAGUAUAAAGUGAUCUAAAAGUCUGCUGUAGGUGAGUUUUGGUAGCACCACCUGGGCUCUCUCCAUGACUGUGGGAAGGAGCAGAGUGAGACUCACCUCCAGCUUGAAGGCAAGGCCGAUAAAAGGCUGGGAAUCGUCACGAGCAGAGU